AUGUCUAGGAAGAGUGCUUUCUUCGGUUUAUAUGGAAACAAUAGUGGAGAAUUCAUUCGUUCGCAUGUUUCAAUUUUCCGGCAAAACGACCUCUUGAACAGACACAAAUAUCCCCAGUCACAAAAGCAAAUCGAAAUUUUCGGCGAGUUUGGCCUUGUUCGCAUCAUCAUUUCACUUGAGCCGGUAAGGCGGCCAUUCCUUAGAAUCUAUCGCCGUGCUUCAAAUGUGGACUCUAUGAUUGGUAAAUAUGGAUGGUGCUCCCUUACCAUAUCUACCGCAAUGGCAAUUGGAACCGCCAGCGUCGUUGGGCAAACCAAUUUUCUUAUCAUCCAAGACUCGUUCGCUGGGCAAGACUUUUCCUGCACUUGGUGGAUUUGCCUUCCGGAACAACAGGAAUCAGCCAUAGGCCGCUCUGAGACUUUUAUGAAAACUCGCCGUUCAGCUGUUUGCAGGGCUUUCGUUGAGACACCAGCCCCACAUAUCUUGGCGGGAAAAUCACAGGGGAGGAGGCUUGUUCGAUUUACGCUCUCAACUCCGGAAGAAAAAUAA